AGGUCCAGGCUCAUUUGGAAAAGAAGGCCAUUCUUUCAUUCAAAUCAAAACUGUUAUUGCUUAACCAUAACGUCCCCGUCCAGAUUAGUCUAUUCCGUUCACUCUGUCUGAGUCCGUCCUCUCAGUCCUGCAAUUUCAAACUCCAACCCUAACAAAGUCAGUCGGCUGCUGGAACUGUACUAAGCAAUAUUCCCCUUUCUUGCGCUUUCGCCCAGAACAACAACAGAAUAGUUCAGAGUAACCGGCGAAUAGCGAUGUGUGUGGUGACGUCAUUUGAGACGUGAACCAAUCACCGUUGUACAAUUCAUGCAUGUCAACAAUCUGGCUAACACAUUGACCAAGUUUCCCCAGCCAUAAACUGUGUCAAGAACUCCGUACAUCUGUUCAUAACCCUCACAAUGGCCGGCAAAGUGAGUUGUGUGCUAUUUUUGGUGGGAUUAACUCUGGUCGUGGCCGAUGAGUUGAUCGUGAAAACCAUCAAAGAGCCCAAGAACUGCCCACGUCAAGCCAAAAAGGGUGAUCAGCUUCAAGUUCACUAUGUGGGCAGACUGACGGACGAAAAUGGCAAGAUCUUUGACGAAUCCAGACCACGAGGACAGACCUUUAACUUUCAAUUGGGAGCUGGACAGGUGAUCCAAGGUUAUGAACAAGGUGUUCCUGGUAUGUGUAAGGGAGAGACAAGGGUCUUCGUUGUUCCUCCUCACUUGGGUUACGGUGAAAAUGGGGUUCGCAAUGUGAUCCCAGGGGGCGCCACUCUACACUUCACCGUGGAACUUAUGAACAUCGCCGAUGGUCCUCCUUUGAGAGAUGAGGUUUAAAUUUGAAUCAUUCAUUUUCACAAUUGACGUCGAAUAUAAAUAAAGACCAACUCUUUUAA